AUGUCGUCCAUCCUCCUGGAAGGACUGACCAGCCUGCCCGUCGCGGCGUGGGCUGGUAUCGCCGUCGCCGCUGUUCUCCUCGUGCACUUUGUGCCGUUCAUUGUCGACCCUACCGGAUCCGCUCAACAGCUGAUCAGGCAGUGGGACCGCCUCUACGACCUCGCUGAAGGCGAGGGCUGGCAGGGCCGUGACGGCCGUCUCUGGCUCGACAGUCUUCCGUGGUACAACUACCUCGCGUUCGACAUCAUCGAGAAGGCGAUGGCGUCCUACGGAGACAACAACUCGCCCGAGAUCACGUACUUCCCCGCCGUACAGAUCCUGAACGACCGUGGCGAGUACUCCGCGUCCCUCGGCGUCCUCCCCCCGCACUGGCGCCCGUUCGUGAAGCUCAUCCCGUGGUACCGCAAGGGCAACGAGGCCGUGCAGCGUCUGGCUGGCAUCGCUAUCGCGCAGGUGGCCAAACGACUGACGACGCCGACGGACCGGUCAGAUCUGCUUGGCAAGCUUCAGGAGGGCAAGGACGACGAGGGCAACCCUAUGAGCCGGGAGGAGCUCACCGCCGAGGCGCUCACUCAGCUCAUCGCCGGCUCCGACACCACAUCCAACUCGUCCUGUGCAAUCACCUAUCACCUCGCCGCGAACCCCCUUGUGCAACAGAAGCUCCAGCACGAGCUUGAUGAGGCGCUCGGCAGCGAUGACGAUCCCGUCUCGACGUUCGAGCAGGUCAAGCGCCUGCCGUAUCUCGAGGCGGUCAUCAACGAGGCCCUCCGUAUCCACUCUACCUCUGGUAUUGGUCUCCCGCGCGUUGUCCCUGAGGGUGGCAUGACUGUCUUGGGCCAGUACUUCCCGGAGGGCACCGUCCUGUCUGUCCCGACGUAUACGAUCCACCGCAACACGGAGGUAUGGGGCAAGGAUGUCGAUGCGUUCCGCCCCGAGCGUUGGUUCGAGCAGGACGAGAAGGCAAUCCAGAAGACGUUCAAUCCGUUCUCUUUCGGACCUAGAAGCUGCGUCGGGCGUAACUUGGCCAGCAUGGAGCUGCUCGUUAUCAUCUCGUCCAUCUUGCGCCGGUACCACUUCGUCCUGGAGGACCCGGAAAUGAAGCUCGACACCAAGGAGGGAUUCCUGCGAAAGCCCGUUCAGUGCAGGGUCGGUAUCAGGCGCAGGAGUGCGUGAUGGGAGAUUCAAGAUGGUGGUUGCGCAUACGUACUGUUUUCCCCUCCUCUUGUCCGACACGGUACAUUUGUAAGAUAUUACGUGUGGUAUAGCACUGCAGUAAUGUGAGCGCAUAUCUGAGUAUCCAAUGAUCUUUGAUUCUUUGA